UUUUUUUUUUUUUUUUCCUUCCCUUUUCUCCUCCCCCCUCCCUUCCUGGAGCGGUGUGAAAGGGGGUAUUUUCUUCAGGGUAUAAAACUGAGAAUACCGAGGAAGAGAGGCUAAGAGCUUCACCUCAUUGCCUCAUUCUGUCUUUCACAUGAACAUUCUCUACAACGUUUCCUUCGUCCUGCUGUACCUCUCACCUGGCCAGCGUUGCCCGGAUCAUGUCCGCUAAACCCGCUAAGCUCCUGCCGGUUUUCUUCCUCCUCUCAGUGUUUCACGCCUGUUCUAGAAAGGUUGAAGAGGAUGAAUAUGAAGAUGGAACAACUAACCAAAAAUGGGUUUUAGCUCCAAAAACACAAGACACUGAUGUGACUCUCAUACUAAACAAGCUGUUGAGAGAGUAUGACAAAAAGCUGCGGCCAGAUAUUGGAAUAAAACCAACAGUUAUUGAUGUUGACAUUUAUGUCAACAGCAUUGGUCCCGUAUCAUCAAUAAAUAUGGAAUAUCAAAUUGAUAUAUUUUUUGCCCAGACGUGGACAGAUAGCCGUCUUCGCUUCAAUAGCACCAUGAAAAUACUGACUCUGAACAGCAACAUGGUUGGCUUGAUUUGGAUCCCAGACACAAUAUUUCGAAACUCAAAGACGGCAGAGGCUCACUGGAUCACCACCCCCAAUCAACUCCUCCGCAUAUGGAAUGAUGGCAAGAUCUUGUACACUCUCAGGCUUACCAUCAAUGCUGAGUGCCAGCUGCAGCUUCACAAUUUCCCAAUGGAUGAACACUCUUGCCCUCUGAUAUUCUCUAGCUAUGGCUACCCUAAAGAGGAAAUGAUAUACAGAUGGAGGAAAAACUCUGUGGAGGCUGCUGACCAGAAAUCUUGGAGACUCUAUCAGUUUGACUUUAUGGGCCUCAGAAACACUUCAGAAAUUGUGAAAACCUCUGCAGGUGAUUAUGUAGUCAUGACUAUAUACUUCGACUUAAGUAGAAGAAUGGGAUACUUCACUAUUCAAACAUACAUUCCCUGUAUAUUAACAGUUGUUCUUUCCUGGGUAUCCUUUUGGAUUAAAAAAGAUGCCACACCAGCAAGAACAGCAUUAGGCAUCACAACUGUAUUGACCAUGACAACUUUGAGCACCAUUGCAAGGAAGUCAUUACCCCGUGUGUCCUAUGUCACCGCUAUGGAUUUGUUUGUCACUGUAUGUUUUCUAUUUGUCUUUGCUGCUCUGAUGGAGUAUGCAGCCCUCAACUACUACUCAAGUUGCAGGAAACCAAACUGUACUAAGAAGAAAAAGUCGCUACCUGAUGUCAGUUUUGGCCAUGUGAUGAAUUAUUCUGUACUUGAUAUGAGACCACCAGCUACAGUCAUCACACUGAACAAUGCCAUGUACUGGCAAGAAUUUGAAGAUGCGUGUGUCUAUGAAUGUCUGGAUGGGAAAGACUGCCAGAGCUUUUUCUGUUGUUAUGAAGAGUGUAAAUCAGGCUCAUGGAGGAGAGGACGGAUUCACAUAGACAUCUUAGAACUGGACUCUUACUCUAGGGUCUUUUUUCCUACAUCCUUCCUGCUGUUUAACCUGGUCUACUGGGUUGGAUACCUCUAUCUUUAAAUGUUGCCUGUAGUGGUGAAGACUGCUGUGUUUUCACGCUGCGGAGGGAUGGUGAAAGUGGAGAAAAAGUGAAGGAUGCUGUCAGUUUCAUCUCAAAUUAUAAAAGCCACAUUAACCUUCACCGUCACAAAGCCUAAUGAAGAAUUUUAAUAUGUAAUUGCCUGAAAAAAGAAAAGUGGGGAAGAAUUCUCUCCUUACUGCUGUUCAUUUUAAGCAAAAGAUCCUUACCAAAUUCAGUUGAAUUUGUAGUGUAAGCAAUGUUUAUGAAUAAUGACUGUAUGUUACAAUCUCUACUGUUCUCCCUUGGCAUAGAAGUUAUACAUAAUUCAGGCAAAGUUUAAAUAUGUAAUUUUUGGUUUUCAUUCCUAUACUUUCUUCAGAAUGCUGCCAUAUUCCUGAGGCUCAUAGCAACAUACACUGGCGCUGGCAAAUAAGCCAAAGCUGAUGAAUCCACUUAUUUGUAUUUAGUCUUGCUUGAGCUAUGUCCCAUAGAUUUUGGGAAAUAUUUCAUCGGUGAUCUCCUUGCUAUAGAGAAACUACCAAAUGACAGUAGGAAAUGUGUCUGGUGUGAUCAAAACAUGGACGUUACUGGGAUUCAUGGAAGUAGCCACUUACCUACACAUAUUGGUUUUAACUUAAGGUGAAAAGGAAGAGUUAUGAGAAAGCUAUUAUUUUGUUAUAAAUAAAAGACUUGCCUAUCACUGAGGCAGCUGUAGGCAUAACUUCUAAAUUUUUUCAAGCUUUUAACUGUCUUUUUUAUGACUGGUUAAACACAGGAUGGUCAUUGAUUUUUAAAGUACUUGAAGCAGGAAAAGAUUCCUGCUUGUUUGUGUCAUUGUAGCAGAUCAUAGUUGAUAGGCCAUGAGUAAAAAUCACUAUAUAAUAGCACUAGGAAUAUGUGACUUUCUUCAGAUUAUAAUUUACUAAAAAGUGCUCUCAUGCAUUCUUAUUUUUUCUCUCAAAGUUAUUUUACAAAAUUGAAAAACAUGUGUGCCAAAGGACAUUUUUUGUUCCUUCCAUAAAAUUAAAUAUUGCAGUCCUUACUCACAGCAGUUGUUCCCUGGGUCUGAGCUGAAGACUGAACACUUUUCAUUUCACUUAGAAAGGGCAUUAUGGGAACUCAUUUGGAAUAAUCAUGGAAUAGUAACCACAUGUAGGAAAAUGUCGUUUUCAUUUUUUCCUAAACUACCAACUAACAUAAAGCUGUUUUGUAUUUUUUUAAGCUUUUGUGCAUUAAAUUCUUAAACUACCCAUUUUUAAGAACUAGCUUUACGGUGUUAAACUAGAUUACGUAUUUUACAGACAGUCUUAAUAAUUAUUAUUAAGCAAACAAAACAGAUUCAAAACGAAAUAGCAAUGGCUUGUUACUACCCUUUGGAUGUCAAAUGGUUAGAAAUGACUAGAGUUAAAACAUGCCUAAACCCAAAAUUCUGGGUUUUUUUUUUGUCUUCUGAAGGACUUGAUCAUCUCAAAAAAAAUGUGUGUCUCUUUCACACAAUAGUUGAUAAAAAAUGAAUGGUAGAUGUGAUUGAAGAGCAGUUCUUUUUCUCCUCAGAAGGAAAAUCCUGCAAACAAACAAAAACUAAUGCAGUGGUAAUUCUAAAAGAACAGAAAUUCUGUUGUGCUCUUUGAAACUUCACUGUUCUUGCUGUUGCUCUGUGAUUCCAGUGAGAUUUAACUGAAAAAAAAUUACACAAAUGUUAAUUGUAUUUAUUCCAAAUACUUGCUUCUGUUUUUCUCAUGUCUAAAUUAUCAGACAGAAUUGGAUUUAAGUGGGGUAGUCCUUUCUAAGGUAUGAAAAACUUCAAAUUAGAAGCACAGAGAAGAAAUACUUGGGUUAGGUUUAUUAGCAAAAUCUGCCCAAUCUGAUGCCUUCUAAAUCCAUGAUGACGUUCUGAUUUAAAAAUACAUGUUGAAGGUUUUGGUAACUCUCAGUAGCAAAUUACUCUAAAAUCUAUUACUCUGUAAACCUCUGCAUCCUGCACUUGGAAGUGUGCAUUUUAUUUAAGAAUGUCAGUUAUAUUUUCAUCAGUGCAAGAAAGCGAUUGAAUUGAAGUUGAAUAUCCUGGCCUCUAUUUAUGAAUUAGUCUACUCUAACAACCACCUUCAGCCAUAUUUUGAAUGAAUAUUAGAAAUAUUUCAAAACUAAAUAAAAGAA